GUUUGCAAUUACAUUCCAAGCGUUUUGUGUCGCUAAUUAAGACUUUAUUUAAAGUUGAUUAAUAAAUGUUUGUGUAUACAAGUAUUCAACGUUUUUAGCAAUUUGACAGAUGGAACGUUUUUCUGCCAUUUCCAAUAAAAGACCUCUGUUAUUUAUUAGAUGUCAGCAACACAUUCCCAGCCUAAUUGAUCCAUCCACAAGUUGACCUCCCGUCCGACUGUGUUCCCACAAUGCCUGACGACGGGUCCCACCCACGCAGGCACUAUUGGAUAAUCGCUGGCGUCGUGCUCAUGUACUGGGCAGUGUCCAUCUCCAUGGUCUUCCUCAACAAGUUCAUCCUCAGUGGUUCGUUUGGUGAUGAAGAAUUGACGAUUUUUGCCGCCUGGUAUCAAAGCUUAAGUGCCGCCGGAUUCAUAGUUUUUAUCGGAUUUGGGGGUCAAAAGUGUAAAAUAAAAGUUCCGAAAGUUGAGCCAAGUUUACUGUAUUCGAGAACUAUGCUACUGUUGUCGAUGAGCUCAGUUUGUUCUUUGACUUUUAACAACCUGAUGCUGAAGCACAUUGGCGUGGCGUUUUAUCAGGUGGCUAGAUCGUUCACGAUUAUUUUCACUAUAGGAUUAUCAGCUAUUUAUCUGAAGAAAGGCCUUACCGCGCGAGCAGUGAUGUCGUGUUUUUUAGUAGUCUGCGGGUUUUUCAUUGGAAUAGACCAGGAAGAUGUCUCUGGGACGCUGAGUGUCAUGGGAGUUAUAUACGGGCUGUUGUCAAGCCUGUCGGCAGCGGUUACCGGAAUACUUUUCAAAAAAGCGGAAACCGUGCUAGAUAGAGAUUCCCUGAAAUUAGCUUACUACAACAACAUGAAUUGCAUGAUGUUGUUCCUUCCAUUAGUUAUAGGCUCAGGACAGCUAGUAUCCGUAUUUAAAUCGCAGUACAUUUACUCAAUGAACUUCUGGUUGGUUUUGACCUUCACUGGCGGGCUCAGCCUGUGCAUUGGCUGGGUCAGUGCCCUUCAGAUUAAGUACACUUCACCAAUAGCUCAUCACCUGAGUAUAAAUGCCAAGUCGGUGUGCCAAACUGUUCUAGCCGUAUUAUUUUACAAUGAAUCGAAAACGUUGUACUGGUGGUUGGGUAACUUUUUGGUUGUUGCCGGAGUUUUAGUGUAUACUUUCACUAGAAUUCUCGAGGAUUCCAAGAAAUCCAAAGACGACGUCCCCAGUGCAGACUUGCCGAUAACCUUACAGAAACAGCAUACAAAUGGGCAUUUUAAAGUUUGAGUGAUGUUUUGACAACUACGUUCAAAUUGACCAUGAACUGAAAUUUAUACAAACUCAACAUUUUUAGCUCGGCUGUUUUCGGAGAAAACCCGAGGUAUUGUCAUAGCCAGCUUGUCGUGUCGUGUCUGCCGUCCGCUAAAACGUUGACAUUUUGUCAAGGUUUUGAAUAUUGGCUCUAAAAUCAAAGUGCUUCAACAUACUACUUUGAAACUUCAUAUGUAGCUGCACCUUGAUGAGUUCUACAUGCCACACCCAUUUUUUGGUCACUAGGUCAAAGGUCAAGGUCACUGUGACCUAAAAAAAAAUAAUUGACAAGCUUUUAUCUAUUCAAAACAGCACCCGCAGCCGAACGUGGCACCCGUUAUGCGGUGCUCUUGUUGUACAAAAUAUUUUAUUUCUUAAGAUUUUAUUACAAUGUUAAGACCCAUAAUAGUUUUUAAGCACCAGUAAUAGCCAAUUGUACAGCUCUGGAUAACUCUUGUCCAGCAGAUAACUUUUGGUGUCUUCCAUUUUAAGAUUUCUUUUGUUGGUUAGUGAUAGUAUAAAAAUAAUAGAUAUAUGAAACAGGUGCAUAUUUUAGUUUAGUCUUGGAAAAGAUUUAGCCAAGGUAUUUGGCUUUGGUUUUCUUUAUCCGAAUUAAAGUUAUCUUUUGGAUUGGCUAAAGUAAUCCAUAUUUAUACUAUUGGCCACUCUUAGGAAAAAGCUUUGCUUUAACAUAUUGUAUGUAUAAAACUGAUGCAGUUAAAGAUCCAGAAGUAAGAAUAAAGUUUUUCUAUUAUACACACUGACAGCAUACUAACAUAAAAUUCCCUAUUGACCCAACUCUGUAUUUCACUCACUGCACUUAAUCAUGUGUCUCUUGCAAUGAAGACUCGGAUAUAUAUGCGGUGGACAUGAUGAUGAAACGAUUUUCAUCGGAUUCCACUAAGUCAUUCACAUGCUCAUUUCCAAAUCCUAAAUUGCGAUUUCCUUAUUGUCCCAUCUCUGUGUUUCACUCACUGCACUUAAUCAUGUGUCAGACCGUCUGUUGCAAAUUGAAGACACAGACAUAUAUGUGGUGGACAUGAUGAUGAAAUGAUUUUCAUCGGAUUCCACAAAGUCAUUCCCAUGCUGAUUUCCAAAUUGUAAAAUGCGUGAUUAGACAAUAAUCAGAAUUUUUUUCAAGCUGACGUCAGUGAAAAUCAUGAAUCUUUGUUUCUGGUGUAGAAAUUUUAAAUCAAUUAAGUAUUGUAUUUGUUCCAGUCAGAGCAAAUUGCAUUAACAACAUUACUUAACAUAGCAAAUCAUAACAUAGCAUAGGAUAGAAAAGCAUAAUAUUACAUAAUAUAAUUAUGUUGAAUAAUUUUGGAUUUUAAUACUCUCCAACAGAGUAGACAAUUUAGAAACUUCUUGGGACAAUUUGUAUGUGUCAUCAGAUCUCAAGUUUUGGUCGAAAGUGGAAAAUAUAGAAAUGAAGAAUUGCGAUGCAGAAAUGUUUCUGGCUGAGUUUGAAAUGGGUAUGGUUGAGUUUAAAUGGGUAUGGUUGAGUUUGAAAUGGGUAUGGUUGAGUUUGAAAUGCAUAUGGUUGAGUGUGAAAUGGGUAUGGUUGAGUUUGAAAUGGGUAUGGUUGAGUGUGAAAUGGGUAUGGUUGAGUGUGAAAAGGGUAUGGUUGAGUGUGAAAUGGGUAUGGUUGAGUGUGAAAUGGGUAUGGUUGAGUGUGAAAUGGGUAUGGUUGAGUGUGAAAAGGGUAUGGUUGAGUGUAAAAUGGGUAUGGUUGAGUGUGAAAUGGGUAUGGUUGAGUGUGAAAUGGGUAUGGUUGAGUGUGAAAAGGGUAUGUUUGAGUGUGAAAUGGGUAUGGUUGAUUUUGAAAUGGGUAUGGUUGAGUUUGAAAUGGGUAUGGUUGAGUUUGAAAUGCAUAUGGUUGAGUGUGAAAUGGGUAUGGUUGAGUUUGAAAUGGGUAUGGUUGAGUGUGAAAUGGGUAUGGUUGAGUGUGAAAAGGGUAUGGUUGAGUGUGAAAAGGGUAUGGUUGAAUGUGAAAUGGGUAUGGUUGAGUGUGAAAUGGGUAUGGUUGAGUGUGAAAAGGGUAUGGUUGAG